GGACCGCGCCGAAGGAGCACUUCCGCCGGACGUACGCACUUCCGGCCUGCUGGAACCAAUGAGAGUGCGGCCGAGGUGUUCCCCUCGCUGGCGUCCGGGCCGCGGGUGGUCUCCGGGAGCAUUGGGGCCGGCGGACAGUGAGGGCGCGGUAAGCUCCCCGUAAGGAGCCCUUGAGAAACUGGUCUAUAGGGGAGUCAGUCCAGGACCCCUUUUAGUCCCAGACAUAGGGGAGUACAAGAUAGUGGAGUCUUUAGGGUAGAGCAUGACUCGAGGCAGGCUCAUAUUCAAGUCUGGGGCAAGGAGCAUUGAUUGACCGUUAGUUUUUUUCAGUGGAACCAAAAACUUGGGUAAAAUUGCUUCUGACCUUCGGAACGGAUGGAUUCACCUUAGACAACAAGGGAGGUGUCACAGUUUUCCAUUUAGAUCAGCAACUUCAAGUUCUUACCAUGGAAAAUUCCGAGAAGACUGAAGUGGUUCUCCUUGCUUGUGGUUCCUUCAAUCCCAUCACCAACAUGCACCUCAGGUUGUUUGAGCUGGCCAAGGACUACUUGAAUGGAACAGGAAGAUACAGAGUUGUCAAAGGCAUCAUCUCUCCUGUUGGUGAUGCCUAUAAGAAGAAAGGACUCAUUCCUGCCCAUCACCGGGUCAUCAUGGCUGAACUUGCCACCAAGAAUUCCAAAUGGGUGGAAGUUGAUACAUGGGAAAGUCUUCAGAAGGAGUGGAAAGAGACUCUUAAGGUGCUAAGACACCAUCAAGAAAAACUGGAGGCUAGUAACUGUGAUCGCCAGCAGAAUUCACCUACGCUAGAAAGGCCUGGACGGAAGAGGAAGUGGACUGAGCAAAAACAAGAUUCUAAUCAAAAGAAAUCCCUAGAUCUGAAAACAAAAGCUGUACCCAAGGUCAAGCUGCUGUGUGGGGCAGAUUUACUGGAGUCCUUUGCUGUUCCCAAUUUGUGGAAGAGUGAAGACAUCACCCAAAUCGUGGCUGACUAUGGGGUCAUAUGUGUUACUCGGGCUGGAAAUGAUGUUCAGAAAUUUAUCUAUGAAUCGGAUGUGCUGUGGAAACACCGGAGCAACAUUCAUGUGGUGAAUGAAUGGAUCACUAAUGACAUCUCAUCCACAAAAAUCCGGAGAGCCCUCAGAAGGGGCCAGAGCAUUCGCUACUUGGUACCAGAUCUUGUCCAAGAAUACAUUGAAAAUCAUAAUUUGUACAGCUCCGAGAGUGAAGACAGGAAUGCUGGGGUCAUCCUGGCUCCUUUGCAGAGAAUCACUGCAGAGGCUAAGACAUGAGAAUUCUACAGCAUCAUAUUUUGGACUUCCCGUUUGGGGAUCUGAAACAAUCUGGGCGUUAGUAACUGGGGAAGGAAGUUGUGAUCUGUUGCCUAAACUAAAGCUUAAGUUGAGUAAAAACUGGCCUGGUGUGGUGGCUCACGCCUAUGUUCCCAGCACUUUGGGAGGCCAAGGCAGGCAGAUCACAAGGUCAAGAGAUCGAGACUGU